CCGAACCAAAUGUUAUUUUAUAAAAUUUUUCAAAGCUUUUGAUCUGUGCAACUAAACAAAUAUGUUACGCUACCUGCUAAUACUCUGCGCCCUAAGAAGCGCUACUUGCGAUAAUGAGUUACUUACUCAAACUGUCUAUGGAUUCUUGGACUUUACUACUACUAUUGGAAACACUGUUAUGGUUUUCUCUCCACAAAGCUCUCCAACUUUCGAACUAAGGUCCAAUAAAUCGAACGAAAUAGUAAAUAUUAUAGAAACUAAGCCGAAAUUAAUUAAAAAAGAAAAAGAAAAGGGCGGCAUACAACCAACGCCUCUGAUUGUAACGCACUCGAAUGUUAUUCCGGAAACGGAAACGUCCCAAAUAGAAUCCUACAAUAUAAGCCUCUCGAACUCCCCUAUCGAAACCUUACUGAAUACCCCCGAGUACGAUCUACUCUCCCGCCAACCGGAGCAGUUUGCCGAGGAAACUUAUCGAGUCGUUAACUUCAAAUCAAAGAACGAAGCUGACCGGCAACGAGUCUAUCCGUCGAAGAAGGAAUCCAUUCAUGGCUACCAAACCAGAUCGAGCGAGUUCCGGAGCAUUGUGACGGCCACUAAGGAUACAGGAAAAUUCUCCAAGGUCUCCCAAGUGCAUCCCAACUCAAGCUCUGAGAAAAAGAACAAGCCACGACAAACGCGUAUUAACAAACCCGCAGGAGCCUCAAUUCAACCUAGUAAAACUGUAAGAGAUUCUAAUUUGCAAACUCAGGCGGCCAGUAAGCCUCCGCGUAAAAGCCAGCAAAGCAGAGGAGGGUCAAGCACCAGGAAGUCAUCACGUCCCAAGGGAAAGAGGAGGAACAAGCAUACACAAAGUUCCAAAUUGGUAAUAACUCCAUCUGUAACAGAAACUACUACCUCUCGUCCCUCAUUUCGGACGAAAGCAAAUACUGUACAGGAAGAACCAGUAUCGGUCGUAAGCCCAAACUCAUUUAAACUUAAUCGGCGGCCAGGUCGAUGGCAAUACAAGUCCUCACCAAAGCCCAAAGUUAAUAUUAGGAAGAAUGCGAGUCCCAAUGUUCCGAGUGCCAUUCAAAAUGACACAGCGCCGUCGUCCCUCGAUGAUAUUCCAUUGGAAAUCAUUACUAAUCAAGCUCUGAACAAUGGUAGGGAUUUGGAGGCAUCUGGCUCGCAAAAUGGCCCUGUUGCGAAUAACAAUAACGAUGAUCCUAAUUCGAAAUAUUUUGUACAAACCUUAAAUGUUGAAAUUUCGACACCACAACCAUUCAUUGAUACCUACUAUGAAAUAGCGACAAUUAAGAGCCCGUUUAUAUUUCAGGCCGGAGUCGUUAAGAAAACUCGCUUUUUAACCGUAACGUCAACCAUUGAAAAAGUUAUUCAAGAAGAACACACUAAGGAAUACUCCGAGGAUGAUGGACCGCUGACUGAGAAUAUUUUAGAGGCUACUUCCAGCGUCGAUGAUCAGACCCUAUCGGGUAGUAUCACGACAUUAAAACCAAUUUAUUUAGGCGAGGACACGGAAACACCCAGCCUGGAGACAAUAACUGAAUCCUUUUCCAUAACUCACGUCAAACUGAAGACGCAGGUUCUGCCCAUCGUUUAUGAAAAGAGAAACGAAACAAUACAGGUUACUUUGGUUCAGACUUAUGAUUACACCAGCCUUAUAACCGUAACACAGACAAUAUCUCCGUUGAGCGAGGACUUUAGUCCAUCGAAGAACUUUAAGGACUUUGAAGGAAGCUUGGACGAGGCUGGAUCGGAAAUAAACCUAGAUCUAGAGUUUGGUGAUGAGGAUAACACCGGAAAGUUCGAUGCCAAAAUUAAGCCCAAAAACAAGGUCGAGAAUAAGAGUAACCUGACUAUUCCAUUGAUACCAGAAACUGUAAACUUAAACCUGCCGGAAACUCAACUGAACAACUUUAUAACGUCAACGCGUCCCGUCAUUAAACAGGAGACAAUAUGGGAGUCCCAUGUGGUUCCCCUGGUUAGGGGAACAGAGACCAUCUUGAGAACGCUUUCAAAAUCAGUUGGCGUUGUCGAAAAAACCGAAUACAUUACGGACAUCACCUCAAUUUCCAUGCCCUCAUCGCAAUACCCAUUCUCGAUCAAUCCAUUCUACAACCCAUUAUUGCCCAUUCCUCAACAGCAGUUCAUAACAUCCACUGAAGUUCAGCAAUCGAUGGUAACCGAGACUAGUUCCAAGGUUUUGAAGCUAACGUUUGGUGCAAGAACGGCUUAUACCACCAUAUUCUCCACCUCCGUCGUCCCAACAGCAGUUACGAAAUUGAUAACUGCUACUAUCCCCGGCCAGCCGCCCGUGGGAGCUUUCCCGAACUACUAUCCUCCACCAUAUCCCCCCUUCGGCUACGUUGGCUAAAUGUUAGAUCCAUCUUUAUAAGCGCGAGCACCUAAAAACCAUUACUUCAAUUGUUAUUAUUAGAAAUUCUGUAUUAUAAUUAAGUUCAUGUGCAAAUAUCGAAAGGCGGUGAUACAAAAAACAAUAGAUUUUAUUAGAUUAUAU